AUGGUGCACCCGCAGAACUUCUCGGCGAGCCUCCACUGCCCCAAUGAGAGGGCGUGCCCUGGUGGUAACAUCACCCAAACCGGUUUCGAAGGCAUGUGCGAAGUUGGCUACGAAGGUCCUGGCUGCGUCAGUUGUGUUUCGACCACCCAUGGCCGCGAAUCCGGCGAUCCCUUCACUUGUGCGAAGUGUGCUACCUCAACCCUUGGGAAAUCCUUUGAAUGGUGCGCCUACCUGUUGCAGCAUUCCAUCGUCUUCGCGGUGUCCGCAUCAGGUGUCAUUGCGAGCACUGACCAGAGCUAUAAGAGCACCAUCCACUCAAACCAAUUGAUGGCCUACGUGAUGGUAGCACUUCCCGUCUUGAACCAAGUGAGCAACUCGCAGAGCUUCAAAGUUCUGGCGUACUUCGGUCAGGAAGUCAUCGAAGCCUUGAAGAUCCCCGUGGACGUGGCCAAUGGCGCGGGCGGCGAUGGUCUCUCGUCUCAAUGCCUGCUGGAUUACAUCGGGAUUUCCAAGACGCUCUAUGGUGGUGAUAUACUAUUUCUGAUUUUGGCGCUAUCGUUGAUGCUCUUGCUCUCCUUGCUGGUGGAUGUUUGGUCAGCAGUGGUGGUGGCGUGCAACUGCUACCUCCCACGUCUUUGCUUCGCCUUCGGAAGGCAUUUGGUUUGCUAUCGCCUGAGCACCGAAGACCGUGGCGGGCAGCUCUUCUGUGGCUUUGAGGAGGAUGUGAGCAUGCCCGUUCCCCUGACGAUUGUGCUCUUAAUCAUCGUGUGUGUGGCGGGCCCCUCAUCUUGGCUUUGGCUCAUUCGGCAUGAGCAGAUCACCAGUCCAGGGGCAGUAUACCUGACGGGCCCCUACAAGAAAGACCACAAGUUCUGGGAGGUCACAGUCCUUCUGCGGAAGGUUCUCUUGGCCUUGGUGUCUUCAGUCUGGCCAUCUUCGUUGGAUGCCGUGAUGCAGUUGGAGUUCAUCGGUCUAAUUCUGUUGAUCUCGCUGGUGGUGACACUGCACAACAGGCCUUACUUGGCCCAGGAGCACAACCGCACUGAAGAACAUCUUCUCGAGUUGGGGAUGCUCAUGGUGCUGGCCACCUUUUGUUUUCAUGCCAAUGAGAACAGUUGGACACGGAUGGAAGGCACUCAGAGGAUGUUUUUGAUCUUUAUCGUUCUGCUGGCCACAGGCCCUUCCCUCGUGAUGACCAUCCGCGUCAUCCGUGCCUUGAUCGAUGAAAUGCGUGACAUGUGCGGCUCCUCCGCACCGGACGAGCCGGUCGCGCCGGACGAGCUCGACGAGGCGGAGGAAGUCAAGGAGACCGAGAGGGGUGAGGUCGAAGAUGUGAAGUCCUAA